GCAGUCACUGUUCAGGAAUCUUAUGCCCACCCCUUCGACCAAGUCUACUACACAAGAUGUACUGAUAUUCUUAAUUGGUUUAAAUGUACCAGGCACAGAAUCAGUUACAAAACAGCUUAUCGUCGAGGUCUAAGAACAAUGUAUAGAAGAAGAUCACAGUGCUGCCCUGGAUACUACGAAAGUGAUGAUUACUGUAUCCCACUGUGCACAGAAGAAUGCAUGCAUGGGAGGUGUGUUUCUCCGGAUACCUGUCAGUGUGAACCUGGCUGGGGAGGAACAGACUGCUCAAGUGGCUGUGACAGUGAACACUGGGGACCACAUUGUAGUAACCGUUGCCAGUGUCAAAACAGAGCCCUGUGUAACCCCAUCACUGGGUCCUGUGUCUGUGCUGAUGGAUAUAAGGGAUGGCGAUGUGAAGAACCCUGUGACCACGGAAAGUAUGGAAAAGAAUGUCAGUAUAAGUGUCAGUGUCAAAAUGGAGCGACUUGUGAUCAUGAGACUGGAGAGUGCCAUUGUUCUCCAGGUUACACUGGCGCAUUUUGUGAAGAACGCUGCCCAUCUGGCAGUCAUGGAGCCCACUGUGAAUUACGGUGCCCAUGUCAGAAUGGUGGCAAAUGUCACCAUAUCACUGGAGAUUGCUCUUGUCCAGCUGGUUGGAUGGGAUUGGUCUGUGCACAGCCAUGCCCAUUUGGAAAAUUUGGGAUCAACUGUACCCAAGACUGCCCUUGUCAUAAUGGAGGACAGUGUGACCAUGUGACUGGAAAGUGCCAUUGUAUAGCUGGAUAUACAGGUGACAGAUGUCAGGAGGAGUGCCCUGUUGGCAGCUACGGCUUACAGUGUGCCCAAAGGUGUGAGUGCCUCAAUGGAGCUGAAUGUUACCACGUUAAUGGAGCAUGUCUUUGUGAGCCAGGGUUCUCAGGCGAUCGUUGUCAAGACAGAAUGUGUCCAGAUGGGUUAUAUGGACUGAAGUGCAACAAGCAGUGUCCUUGCAUUGGCAAACACAGUCAAAGCUGCCACCCUUUAUCUGGUGAAUGUUCUUGUAAAGCAGGCUGGACUGGGCUAUACUGCAAUGAGACUUGUUCCUCUGGGUUUCAUGGAGAGAACUGUCAGCAAAUCUGUAACUGUCAGAAUGGGGCUGAUUGUGACAGUAUCACUGGUAAAUGUGUUUGUGCUCCGGGAUUUGAGGGAGAAGAUUGCUCCUUAUCAUGCCUUCCUGGUAAAUACGGAGCUAACUGCUCAUCUACUUGUCGAUGCAAACAUGGUGGUACAUGUUCUCCCAUUGAUGGUUCCUGUAUUUGUAAAGCAGGUUGGCAGGGAGUGGACUGCUCAAUCCCUUGUUCCAGUGCUACAUGGGGAAUUUACUGCAACAAUAGCUGUACCUGUGUCAAUGGAGCAUCUUGUAAUCCAGAGGAUGGCUCAUGCACAUGUUCCCCAGGCUGGCAUGGAGAAAAGUGUGAUGAGCCAUGUCCGGAUGGAACAUAUGGUCUAAGCUGUAGUAAACAUUGUGACUGCUGUCAUGCAAGCAGUUGUGAUCAUGUGCUUCUUAUGUCUGUUCUAUUUUCUCUGCCAGGCAUUCGUUGUGACAAUGUGUGUCAGCAGGGGCAUUGGGGUCCAAACUGCUCCAUUUCCUGUAACUGUGAAAAUGGUGGCUCCUGUUCACCUGAGGAUGGGAUUUGUGUGUGUGCACCUGGAUUUCGUGGAGUUGCAUGCCAGAGGAUCUGUUCACCUGGAUUUUAUGGCCAUCAUUGCAAUCAAGCUUGUCCUCAGUGCGUACACAGUAUUGGACCAUGUCAUCAUGUCACAGGCCGCUGUGAAUGCUUGUCAGGCUUCACCGGUUCACUCUGCAACCAAGUAUGUGCUGUUGGAAAAUUUGGCAAGAACUGCUCUAACACUUGCUCCUGCUCAAACAAUGGCACCUGUAAUCCUAUCGAUGGCUCUUGUCAGUGUUUCCCAGGCUGGAUUGGAAAAAACUGUUCUCAGACUUGCCAGCCAGGUUACUGGGGCCCCAACUGUAUCCAUAUAUGUAACUGCCAUAAUGGAGCAGUGUGCAGUCCUUAUGGCGGAGAAUGUCGAUGUACACAGGGCUGGACUGGCUUGUAUUGCACACAGAGGUGCCCAAUGGGCUUCUAUGGAAAAGAUUGCAUUCAACUCUGCAAAUGCCAAAAUGGAGCAGACUGUGACUAUGUGACAGGAGAAUGCAUGUGUCGCACAGGAUUCACUGGGAAACACUGCGAGCAGAAGUGUCCUCCUGGUACAUUUGGCUAUGGUUGUCAACAGCUAUGUGAGUGCAUGAAUAAUGGCACCUGUGAUCACGUGACUGGGACCUGCUACUGCACAUCUGGAUUCAAAGGCAUCCGGUGUGACCAAGCUGCUCUACUGAUGGAUGAACUAAACCCCUACACAAGGAUCAGUCCAGCACUAGCAUCAGACAGGCACUCCAUUGGAGCCAUAUCUGGGAUCAUUAUUCUUCUCUUGAUAAUAGUUGUACUACUGGUUCUGUUCAUCUGGUACAAAUGGAAAAAGAAAGAGAAAGGACACGACAUGCCCAGCGUAUCAUACACUCCUGCCAUGCGGAUAACUAAUACAGACUAUUCUCUCUCUGAUCCAUCUCAGAAUACCAGCACCUUUCACUGUUUCAACAACCCUAGUUACCACACAUUAUCCCAGAGUGGGAGACUCACCCGUUUUAUCAAUAACUCGGAUGAAAGAUGCUAUAUCAAGACAAAAAAACAGCUUUUCUCAAGUCUCAAGAGUAUAGAGCUUUCUGGACAAGAAGGCUGUAGACAAGAUUUCAACAACUCAUUGCAUCCUGAAUGGAGAUACUACAGUAACUUGAAUAAUUUAGAUUAUAUGAAGGGCUCAGUGUGCAGUUCCAGCACAUGUUCGUUAAACAGCAGUGAAAACCCGUACGCUACCAUUAAAGACCCGCCAAUGUUAACCUGCAAGCAUUCUGAAAGCAGCUACGUAGAGAUGAAGUCCCCUGUUCACAGGGAUGUCCCCUACACGGAGACCGGAACCUCCACAAACAAAAACAUCUACGAAGUUGAGCCAACAAUAAGUGUAGUUCAAGGAGGUCAGGGAAUCACCCCAAGCUGCAGCCAGAACCCAUAUGACCUUCCUAAGAACAGCCACAUUCCAAGUCACUAUGACUUGCUACCUGUGAGGCUCAACCCAACACAUGACUUGGAUGAUAAAGCAUGUAACAAACCAAUCAAAGCAUGACUUUGGUCAACUCACUCACUCCUUUGUAACUUGUUGCUCACAAACAAAGGUGACGGAAAAGACAAUCGUUUGCCCUAAAAUCUGAUGAAACUCAAAGGUAUCUUGUAAAUAACUUCUAAUCAUGAACAUUGCAUACAAGCAAUCUGUCAGCCUCCAUCGUGUAAAUUUCUAUUGCUGCAUGGUAUUUAAAGAAAAAAAACCAACUUUCAUAUAAUGACAUUAAAACAAGGAAGCUUGAUUCUAGACUUGAAAAUGGUUUCUCUUUCAAAACAAAAAAGUUGUCUGUACUACCUAGUUCAACCCUUAUAAGGGUAAACCCAAAUAUCAUUUAGCUGAUUCAAUUGCAACUGUGACUGUCAAGGAAAUGGAUGAAACCAAACAGCAACAAAAUUCUACAUUGGAGGUACAAUUUCAUUACUGGGGGAGAGAAAAGAACACAAGGAAAAUCUGAGAAACUUUAUAUUUCAUUUUAAUCAUUACUGCUACUUAAUGAUAAUGAUUUAUUGAAAUAGAGCCAUUGUUUAAGAGAAUUAAUGAACGUAUGGCCAGAAUUUCAUUGAUUAUUCUAGUAGGCAUUUUAAACCCAAUAGUUACUGUAUAGAAGAUUGGUUGAAUGUUCCCUAAAGAUCUCACUGAAGCAUGAAGAAUUGCCAAUGUCAAAUUAUUCAUUAGGACACAAUAAGGAUUGUAGGGUUCCUAUAAAAUUUAUACAACAUAUGAAUUUUUAGGAUUUGUUUGAACUGCAUUGCAUUUGUGGGUAAAGUAAUUGUUCCCCCAGGAUGAGUGAGCAUGUUGAAAGCUAAGCACCAUUAACAGCAUACAGUGGAUAGGUAGGUCUCUGACUAUGAAGUACCACAGCAUUAACAAAUUUGAAGUUUUUGCUAACUUUCAGAUGUGGAUAUUAGAGAAUGAAUUUGCCUACCAAGAUUAUCUGUAAAAGAGUUGAGGGAGGCUAUUGGUAAAUCAUACUGACAGGUUAUCUAAACUGCAGGACAGAUGCUAGGUUUAAACAAUGUGCUGGACCUCCACAUCCUUACAAUCGUGGGGAGUCCCAAGGGAGAAGGGGAAUCAAAUACAUUCCAGUGGGCUUAUUACAGAAACCUAAUGAACAUAAGACAUUCUCUAAAUUUGGUGAUGAUGCUGUAAAAGGCAGCCUUAGGAAGUAUCGAACAUGGAAUAGGACCUAACACCUCAAGGUUCAACAAACAAAGUUCUUGAUCUGGGAAAGAAAGAUGAAAGGGAGCUGCCAAGGACUGAUGAGAUACUUCAGCCGCAGAUGCUGCUCCGUAUUGCUAAGUGGUUAGUUUCAGAAUGCCAUUGGCAGGAUCCUGAUAGCCUUAGCGCUCGGGAGGUUGCUUCUUGAUCAGGCAUUGAAAUACCUUAAAAUGUAGUGGCAGAAGCAAGCCAUUCAGUUCAUUGAGUCUACUCUGUCAUUCAAUGAGAUCAUGGCUGAUAUUCCUCAGGUCCACUUUCCUGCUUUUUACCUAAAUCCCUUGAGUCCCUGAGUAAAAACCUCUCCAUCUCAGCCUUGAAUAUACUUAAAACCUACCCUCAGCAGCCCAUUGAGGAUAAGAAUUUUGCAAAUUCCCUAACCUCAGAAGAAAUUUCUCCUUAUCUCUGUCUUAAAAGGGUGAUCCUCAUUGAGGUUAUGCCCUCUAGUCAUAGGCUCUCUAAUGAGGGGAAGCAAAGAGAGGAUGACAAGGGAAAUCAUAAGGAUGGAGGAAACUAAAACUUAAUGGAUAUUUGAAGACUCAUAAGGCUGUUACAUUAAACAAUUACUAUAUUGUAAAAAUCCUUUCAAAAAACUUGGCGCAUUGCUCUCAAAGCCCUAAUUGCUGACAGUAAUGAGAUCAUUCUGUAGCUUAAAAAUUAAUCAUGAUAAAUAUUACAUCAUUCAGGUCAAACUAUGGAUUAUGGAUUACAGGUAGAGUCCUUUAUCCGAACUCCGAAAAGCUCCAAAAUCAGAGUUUUCCGGUGAAGUUUUUCUCUUGUUAACAAGGUUGUUUGGCAUGCAGUUAACCCAACUCCACACCCACUCGAUACAGGUCAUUCAGAGAUUAUGUGGGUGGGCGUGGCCCAGCACUGGCAGGC